AUGGGGGAACUAGACGGAGACAGGGGCACCUUAACUCAACAAGAACAUAGCAAGACCAGGCCGGUGAUGCCAGAAACUGCCAGCUUCGCUGACCGUGAUCUUAACAGGAAUACUCAGAGCCAUCGUGUCAUUGAGGACCUUGACCGGCACAGGGACAUGUCUGCUGACCACGGGCACAGCAAGACUAGGCCUGCCCUGGAGGAAGCUGACCAAGACAGCUCCACCUUCCCUCAACAAGGACAAGGACACGAGACACAGACCAGGCCCGUGAUGCCAGAGAUGGACAGGGACCAGAGCGGCUUUGCUGAUCAUCACGCGCGUAACAGAAAUCCUCAGAGCAGGCCUGUCAUGGAGGAGGAGGUUGACCAAGACAGGGUCACGUUUACCGGUCAAGGUCACAGCAUGCCCGCGCAGAGCAGGCCCGUCACGGAGGAUGUUGACCAGGACAAGAGCAGAGGUCACCCGCCCCGGAGACCCUCCCCGGAGCACAUGGCAAGGCUGCCUGUCAGGCCGCCGCAGGAUCACGUCACUCUCCCUGCGGGGGCGGCAGCAGCAGCGGCGGCGGUGAACUACGCACGGCACACCACCCAGCGAUCACCACAGUGGGUUCACCAGAUCCAUACGCUGCCCCCGGCGCAGAUCCCCACCACCACCACCACCACCACCACCAGCCAGCCGCCCCUCAGAGUGAAAGCAGAUGCGGGACACCCGGCGAGAAAUCAGACCCAGGCCUUCACCGCCGGCGUCCACUCCGAGCGGGAGAGAGAGCGGGAGCGGGUGGAGGAGCGGGACAACUCCCUCAGCUCCCUCCCCAUCCACAACAGCGGUGCCUUCGCCAUGAGGCAGGUGGAGAGAUGCUGUGAGGUGGGGAAGCAGUGGGCCGCCGAGCAGCACCACUGCAACAACAUGCCCACCAUGCCUGAUGACAACUACAUCUUAUGUAGCGUGGUCCAGGAGCAGUGCUGCACGGGCGCCCUGCGGCAGAGCAGGUGUUUGGCCGGCAUGAGCGCCGCCAGAGGGGGGGACGCCUGCCAGGCUCCCACGGAUGCACGGCUCUGUGGAGAGGACUCCUACCAGGAGUGCUGCAGCUGCUGCUCUCUGGGCCUGCAGCUGCGGGAGGCGGGGCUGGGCUGCCACUCCCACCAGUACCUGGACUACCCCUGCGGCCACAUCCUGCUCACCUGCUGCGAGGAGGACGAGGACGCAGAGGGCACGCUGGGAGGGUACGCGCCCGACGGACCCGCGCUCAGGAGGAAGGAGAUGCCCAGGCCCACCGCCACGCCCAAGAAAGUCUCCGACAGGAAGUUCCCCAAGGAGGCCUUCUCGGUGGGCGACGGCGAGGACGCGGCCGCUAACUCGCUGGAGGAGACGGGCGGCGCCGCGGUGGACGCGUGCCAGAAGUACGCCGCGCGCCUCUGCCACCACAUCUGCAUCAACACCUGGGGCUCCUACCAGUGCGCCUGCCGCCCGGGCCACGCGCUGCUGCAGGACGGCCACACCUGUGCGCCAGAGGACUCGGAGGAAGACAAUAGAGUUCGGGAAGAAGAGCGGCCCGGCACGCAAGCGACCUCUAGACUGACGACCUCCACCGCCUCCACCACCACGACAGCCUCCACCACCACCACCACCACCACCCAGAGCCCUGUUCUCCACAACCCAUGUGCAGGUAAUUCAGAUGAGCCUCUAUUAGGUUACCUCACCAAACCACAGUAA